AUGAGAAAUAUGCUGGAAUGGCCAGUAUUCAAAUUUUUGCGAUUCUCAACCACAAGUAAUAAUACGCAGCCUUCUUUGUCUACUCAAUAUCAACAACUGAAAGAAGAUGAUGAUCGUAAGGAUUCUGAAACUGAACAGCGUAUAACGAAAACAGAACAAUAUACUACUAAUCCAAUUCGCAUUUCCAAAAUAAGAACAAGAAUUAAUUCAAGUGAUUACACUCUCGAUAAAGGAUCAUACAGUGAUGCUUAUAUGCUGAGCUUUAAUAAUGAAAAGUAUGUAAAGAAUGAAAAUAUGGAUGAGCUUGAUCGAGUGCCAGUAGAUUUCUCUACCCCAUCAGCUCCAACUUUACUCACUGAUCCAAAUGAAGUUGGGUUAGUUUGUAUUUAUUAUUUUUCUCAUAGUUCUUGAUA